GUUGGAGAUUGCUCCUACUUUGAGAUUCUCAAACUGACGAUCAACCCAGCGCAAUCGAUAUAAGGAGAAUUUUCGAAGUUUGCGGUCUAGGAAGGCUCGUUACAUACAGAAAAUCAUGAUGCUCUCUCGACGUGCCUGCUACAAGUGUGGCAACAUUGGCCAUUACGCUGAGGUCUGCUCUUCUUCUGAGCGUCUCUGCUACAACUGCAAGCAGCCUGGACACGAAUCCAGCAGCUGCCCGCGCCCUCGUACUACCGAGACUAAGCAAUGCUACAACUGCCAAGGCCUAGGCCACGUUCAAGCGGAUUGUCCCACGUUGCGCCUCAACGGCGCCAACGGUCGUUGCUACAACUGCAGCCAGCCCGGCCACCUUGCUCGUAACUGCCCGGCUCCUGCAUCUGGUGCUCCUCGAGGCACUGGCGCUCCCCGUGGAGGAUUUGGUGGCGGUUUCCGCGGUGGAUAUGGCGGCUACCCUCGCGCUGCCACUUGCUACAAAUGCGGUGGCCCGAAUCACUUUGCCCGUGACUGUCAGGCCCAGGCUAUGAAGUGCUACGCCUGCGGAAAGCUUGGUCACAUCUCCCGCGACUGCACGGCUCCCAACGGUGGUCCCUUGAGCUCAGCUGGCAAGGUCUGCUACAAGUGUUCCCAGGCUGGUCAUAUCUCUCGGGACUGCCCUAACAAUGAGGCCACUACUGAGUCGGCUAUCCCUGCCGCCGCCACUGCUCCUGUAGCUGCUCCUGUAGCUGCUGCUGCUGCUGCUGUCGAGACUGAUGCUGGUCCUGUUGCGGCUGCAGCUCCUACCACCGCCGUCGCGUAGGAGGGAAAAGGCUAUCUCAAGUCAUCAUAAUGGCCAUACAGCCAUUUUUCCUUAUUUCUCUUCAUUUUAUACAUCGGACUUACCGGCCUAGGUUGGAUCCAUUUUUGUGUUUUCGUGCAUAUAUUACGCCCCUCAUGUUUCAUUUCUCGACACGUCCUUUUCCUUAUUCCUCUUAUGUAUACGGCGGACAAAAGUUUCACGAAGACUUAGGUUCCCUUACUGCUUGGAUCCUUUGCACGAUUCAGGGUCUUAUGAUUGGCGUCUAUUGUACUCCUCGGAUAUCUUUCUCAUUGAUACUAUAGGUGUGGCAAGGAGAGGAGGCGAGGCGGAGGGUUAAUCGAGCGCGAGCCGAAGUGUUGGUAUGCAGUGGAAUAGGCCUGGCUUCGAGACCAGGGUGGAUGGGAUUGUUCAAGUUGUGCUGAAGGUCGCCAGUGAGCAUGGAAAGGUGCCUGGUGCGAUGGUCACCUGCUCAUUGUGCGUGCGAUAUCCUUAUACUCGUCGAAAGUGAAGCAAAAAAAGGAGAAAAGCAAUAUUCAAUU